GUAAACACCCUCCCCUGCAUGCUGGGAGCCAGGAGCCAGGCUGCCAGGGGUGCCCCAGCUGUGUAGGGCAGUACAGCUGGGGCUGGAGCCUGGCCUGGGACGGUGCCUGCUGUGACCCCUGUGCCCCAGGCCCCCCCUGCCAUGGAGCUGGCCAGCAUCUGCAGCCACCCGGGCUGGUGUGUGACCACGCUGGGGCUGGCCCUGCUCCUCUGGGUCAAGAGGAGAUGGUCCUGGCAGCCCAGGCACUGCCCCACUGACCUGACUGGCAAGACGGCUAUUGUCACUGGGGCCAACACCGGCAUCGGGAAGUGCGUGGCCCUGGACCUGGCACGCAGAAACGCCCGGACCAUCCUGGCCUGCCGCAGCCAGGAGCGAGGGCAGGCAGCUGUGGCGGAGAUCCGGAGGGCCACCGGCAACCCGCACGUGCUGCUGCGGCUGGUGGACACCAGCUCCAUGGCCUCCGUGCGGCACUUCGCCCAACAGGUCUUGCAGGAGGAGGAGCGGCUGGACAUCCUGGUCAACAACGCGGGCUUGACCGGCUUGCCCUUCUCCACCACGGCCGAGGGGCUGGAGGUGACCUUUGCUACCAACCACCUGGGCCCCUUCCUGCUCACCAACCUGCUGCUGGAUCUGCUGAGGCGGUCGGCUCCUGCCCGCAUCGUGAAUGUCUCCUCGUUCAAACACAAGACGGGCAAGAUUGACCUGCAGGAGCUGACAGGCAAGAAGCCCUCGAAUGUCUACCAUGUCUACAGCAGCACCAAGCUUAUGAACAUCCUCUUCACCAACGAGCUGGCCAGGCGGCUGCAAGGCACAGGGGUGACCGUUAAUGCCUUGAACCCUGGUGUGGUGCGGACAGAGAUCAUGCGCCACUUCAGCUGGCCAGUCCGUGCCCUCUUCUCCCUGGCUGGACUCCUCAUAAAGACCCCGGAGGAGGGCGCCACCAGCACCAUCUACUGUGCCGUCUCAGAGGAGGUCUCGGGCGUGACGGGCAAGUACUUCGACAGUGACUGUGCCUUGGUGCUGCCUGUGGCACCUGCCCGUGACCCAGUCCUUGCCCGCAAGCUGUGGGAGGUAUCCGAGCAGCUGACUGGCCUUGGAGAGGGCCUGAGCAAAGCCCCCACAGCUCUGGGCCACAGGAGGCGGACCGGGGACGAGCUGGGGCUGGGGGAGGCUGGGGUCCCUGAAGAAGGGAGGUGAGCCCCUGCGCCAGCCCCCCUGGCUCCCGCGGCUGUCCGCCUCCAAAAUCCCGCAGCUCGGAGCAGCCCCAAGCCCCUGGCAGGGCAGGCGGUGCCCACACCCCCUCGCUGCUUCCUGUAAUGCUUGCAACAUGGCAAUGGGCUUCUGCACGCUGGCCUGACCCUCUGCACACUGCAGCCCUGUGCCUACACACCCAGCAACUCUGCCAACCUGGGCCCUGGCUCCUUGCUGUCCUUUGGGAUGCAGCAUCCCUGGCCCCCAUCCCAGCCCCAGCCCCUCCGUGCCUGGGAGCAGACAGUGGCUAGGUCUCCUUUCCGGUCCUGGGUGUCUCUGCCCCCACCCCCCAAUCAUCGCUCAGCUGAACACAGAUACUUGGCAGAGAUGCUGUCAGGGCCAUUGUACAGAAGGGACUCCAUUCUCUCUGCUUUAUUAAAUGUGGCUACCUCACUGGC